UCAAAUUCUACAAUUGUAAUCACUCCAACUUCUAUCUAGAGAUUAACCUCGCAAUCGUUUAGAAAGUAUUAAAGAGAUAUUUCUCUUCGAUUGAUGACUUGAAAACAUUAAUGUUAUCGUGCAGCAUUUUAUGACGAAUUGCACGAAUUAUUCAUUACUAGACUUAAAAGAUUUGUUUUUAUAUGUGCUGAAGCUCCCAAAUAUUACUAUGUAGAUAAUGUUAACACUAAAGUUGAUUUAAUGUUGGAAACCCAUAAUUUUAAGGUAUCCAAUAUAGAAUUUGGAAAGCGUUUGUAUUAAAUUUGAAUACUUAUUUCAUUACGAGGAGUGAAUAAUUCGUAGUAAAUAUUAAACGUUUCUAAAAUCAGAUGCCUCAAAAAAGUGUGUAAGAAAUGUAUUGUUGUUGUAUACUCAUAUCUGUCACAUAAUUUGUCAUAUUAUCAUUCUCGAAGAUAACAUUAAUAAUAUUUUCUCCAAAUUUUCAAUAACAUUUGUUUCAAAAUGAGCUCAGGAUUUAUAUCAGAAGCUGAAAUUGCUGAACAACGAAGGAUAAGGCAGCAAGAGUGGGAACGUGUACGAACUGCAGAUCAGCCAAUAGAAGCUCCAGAAGAAUCGUAUGAUCCAAGAUCUUUAUAUGAACGGCUACAAGAACAAAAAACUAAAAGAGAUGCAGAAUAUGAAGAGGCACAUAAAUUAAAAAAUAUGAUAAAAGGUUUAGAUGACGAUGAGGUAGAAUUCUUGGAUCUAGUAGAUAGAACUAAAUUAGAAGAAGAACGUAAAAAAAAUCUUGAAGAAGAAAAAGAAAUGCGCGAUUUUAAAGCAGCUGUUGCAUCGCUACAAGAAAAAUCAUUAAAUGAAAAAUUGAAGCAAGAAUUAAAAAAUCCACAAAUUGUAAAUAAAAGUGUUUCUUCUGGAAGCAGUCGCACAUCACAGUUAAAAUUAUUGGCUGGUGUUGUAGUGAAGCGUUCUGAAAAGCAAAAGCAGGAAGUUUCACGGGGUGUUAAGCGAAAGUUACCAUCCGAUGAAAACAAAGAUGUACCCGAAAAUGAAGACUGUCCGGUUAAUGAGCAGAAAGUAAUUGAAAAGUCUGAUAUCAGUACGCUAGAAGACGUCUCUUUAGAAAGUAAAAACAUAAUGCCUGAUAUAGGAGGCAUGAAAUGUAUUGGAAUUCUUCCUGGUCUUGGUUCUUAUGAAGAUUCUAGCGAUAGUGAUUGUAGUUCUGACACAGAUCAAGAUCCAGAGCCAAAUCAUUCCAAAUAUGAUCUUUUAGGUCGAAAAAUAAAAAUUGUAAAAGAAAAGAGCUGAAUGCAUGAAAGCUGUAAACACCUUUUAAUUGAAUCGUAAAUUAGCAUUUUGUUUUACAAUUCACUAUAAUUGUAAUAUAUAAAUAUAUUUUUUGCAACUAUUUUUUAAUAUUUUAUGUUUAUUUCAUAUUUUAAGUCAUUAUUCAAUUGAUUAAGCAUAUCUCUUAAUGAAAUCAUUUAGGUAAAGUAUUUUAUAUUGUAUAACACUUUUCUUGUAUGCUAUAAGAAUUUUGACUAUUUAUUAUGAUUCAUUUUUUUUUUAUUUUACGUAAAAGUUCAUAGAAUUUACCAAGUACAACUUUAAAAAUAAUUCUUUAUUAGUUUUAUAAACAGCUGGCAGCUGGCUAUGUUUAUAUAUUUUUGGGAGUAUUGUUGAAAUGCGGAUUUAAUAGGGAUUCUCUUGAGUUUUAAACAGUUUAUUCAAUUAUUACAUUCAUCUCUUAAAUUAUGAAUACUCUAAAAACAUGUUUUGCAAGUAAAAGUUUAUAAGUAUUUUGAAAAUAUAUACAAUUACAAUAUCUUGAAUGAACCACGAUCAUAGUCCUGUUAAUAUUAUAAAAAUGAUAUCUGUUGUCAUGAUAAUUUAUUUAUAAGUUGUAUAAUAUUGUAAUAUAUGUAUAUGAUAUAAAUUUCUUAUAAAUUAUAAACACAUUAUUUUAUCGCAAGAUAUGUUAAUAAAAUCACAAAAUUUAUAUUAAUUUACAGUUUAAGGAUUUAGAAUGAAACUUUAAUACAGUAAUAUAAAUUAUAAUUUAGAAUACAAGCCUUCCAAAUUUUUCGAUUUUACUUAUUUCUCUAAAAAGGUAGGAAGAUAAUAAAUAACAGAUAUUUACCUUUACUUUAGAACUGUAUACAAAUCAGAUUAUUCUUAUAUUCGUAUCUGUGAGGUAUCUAAAUAAAAUGACUAUACUUACAUA